AUGACUGGAAGAGGAAGAGAGUUAACAGAUCUUUUGAAACGACGAAGAGUGAAUGUUGCCUGUUUGCAGGAAACAAAAUGGAAGGGCAAUAAAGCAAGAGAGAUUGGGGAGGGAUACAAGUUUUAUUAUUGUGGAAGUGAUGGGAAGCGAAAUGGAGUAGGAGUUGUGUUAGAUAGUGGAAUGAAAGAACGAGUGACAGAUGUGAAAAGAGUAAAUGACAGAAUGAUAGUUGUUAAAUUAAUGAUUGAAAACAAAGUAGUGAAUGUUGUAAGUGUGUAUGCUCCGCAAACAGGCUGUGAAGAGAGUGCGAAAGAGAAGUUUUGGGAGGAAUUUGAUUGUAUGAUGAUGGGAAUACCUGAGCGUGAGGAUGUUUAUAUGGGAGGAGAUUUUAAUGGACAUGUAGGGAGAGUGAAUGACGGGUAUGAAAGAGUACACGGUGGAUGGGGGUACGGAGUGCGGAACCGUGAGGGGGAAGUUCUUCUGCAAGCAGCAUGUGCUUUCGACCUGGCUGUAGUAAACACGUGGUUCCAAAAACGAGAUCAGCAUCUUGUUACUUACAAAAGUGGCCACCACGCGACACAGAUCGACUAUCUUCUGAUAAGACGGAACCAAAUCAAGAGUGUAAAAAACUGCAAAGUGCUUCCAGGUGAAGACUUAGUAUCCCAGCACCGAAUAAUCUGCUGGCUGACAUCUGCUUAA